AUGAAGUAUCUCGCAGUGCUUGCCACCGUGGCCAUCACCACCAACGCCGUCGCCCUCCCCGAGGCCGAGGCGCAGCGCUGGAACUUCCGCUGGUGCCGCAGCGUCGGUCAGCCCUGCUGGAAGGUGAAGCGCGCCGCCGAAGCCUUCACGGCGGCCAUCACCGCCGCCGACGUCGUCGUCGACAAGCGGAGCCCCGAGGCCCUCGCCUCCCACUCCGAGGGCGGCGAGGCCUACAUGGCCAAGCGCUACCUCAACGACCUCGCCGGCGCUGUCGCCUCCUCGCAGCCGGAUCCCUUGCGCUAUUACGACGGCCUCGGCCUGGACCAGCGGUUCGCCGACGACGCAGCCGAGGGCCCCGGGAAGCGCGAGGCCGAGGCGGAAGCACAGCGCUGGGACACCCACUGGUGCCGUACCGUCGGCCAGCCGUGCUGGAAGGCUAAGAAGCGCAUCGCCGACGGGGGCGAGAAGGUCACGGAGGCCGAUUUGAGGGCCGAAGACAAGCGGCGGUGCAGCCAGCCGGGAGCGCCGUGCGCCAUCGCCAAGCGAGCCGCCGAGACCCUCGUCGAGGCCGUCGAGAGUCCCGUUGAUGGUCUCGUCGUCGUGAAGCCCGAGGCCGAGGCCGAGGCCCAACGCUGGGACACUCGCUGGAAGGAGAAGACGAAGCGGGAGGCCUUCUGCACCAAACCAGACGAGCCGUGCUGGAAGCAAGAGACCAACCUUGAGGCGUGGAAGGCCCAGCGCGACCUCGACGCCAUGGUUGUCACUGCUCGCGCCAUCAUUGAGAACGUCGCCUAG